AUGGAGAAGUUGGGAGGGGACGAUGAUGAUUGGCAGUCAGAUACGGAGUCCAUUGCUUCGGCUAUUGCUAAGGGGAGAAUAGCGAAUGGUCGUCGAUAUCAAGCGCUGAGAGAUGAAGAGUAUUGGUUAGUUCCCCUUUGCUUUGUGUAUCUUGAUAUGAGACUUAUUGUAAAUAGGGCUCCGUCUGAUGAUCGUCAGCUUGAGGCAUAUGAGACUGGACAUAUAGUAUCACUUCUGCUGGAAUAUCAUGGCGAAAACAUGUUACAUCUAGCACCGAUUGGUGAAAACCCAAGACAUAUUUUAGACGUUGGAACAGGCAAAGGCAAUUGGGCAAUGGACGUUGCAGACAAGUAUCCAAGUGCAAUGGUUCGUGGCGUGGAUCUAUUCCCACCUCCGAUCAGUUGGAUGCCCCCAAACUGCAAAAUUGAGGUAGACGACCUUCUCGAAGAAUGGACAUGGAAAGAACCAUUUGACUUCAUUUACAUACGCCACCUAUUAGGAUCCUUCAACGAAGAAGGAUGGGCUACAUUAUACGACCGAUGUUACGAAAACCUCGAGCCAGGCGGCUGGAUAGAACAACUCGAAUUUGAUGUCCGAAUACACACAGACGAUAACUCAUUACCAGAAGACUGUUCACUUGCUGGAUGGGCCGAAAACUUUAUUGGUUGCUCUAAUCGAGCAAAUCGAUCUCUAACAAUUCAGGAAACUAUGCGAAAAUCUAUUGAGAAGGCUGGAUUCACCGAUAUUCAAGAGAAAGUAUACAAAGUUCCUCUUGGUCCUUGGCCGAGAGAUAAAGUCCUUAAGGAACUUGGGAGACUUCAUCAUGAACAUUGGUCGGCGGGUAUGGAGGGGUAUGCGAUGUGGUUGCUUACCAAGUUUGGGGCCCCGACGCCUUGGACUCCGGAUGAGGUACAGGUUUAUCUUGCUAAAGUUAGGGGGGAUCUGAAGAAUCCUACGAUUCAUGGGUGGGAAUAUGCACGACGAGUAUGGGCUAGGAAGCCUUCGGAGGAUGAAACUUAUGAUGAACGUAUAGAGCCUGGGUUUUUGCCUUAA